AUGGUGUAUGCCUUUGCUCUCCCCACCACCGCGCAUCUUUCAUUUCAGACAUUUCUCUCAUCUAGCACACAUCCAUCUCUACCCCAGGCUGCGUCUACCGCUCGGCAUGCACUGCGACUCGCCCUCAAGGCCCACAAAAGACUACCCCACAGUCCGCAACGAGAUGCCCACCUCAUCACAAUCCUCGGCGCGCUGAACGACUACCUGCCGUAUCUCACUGCUAUCUCUCAUGGACUGAGCGGCAGACCUGUCGAAAGUGGAAGUAGCACAGGUGGUGAAGAAAUCGAGGUCACUCUCCACAGCGAGAUCGAAACAGAAUGGCGCGCUACAUUAUCCUCUUCCCCGUUAUCGCUGAAAAGCCGACCGACAAACAGCCGAGUCCGCGGACAAGGAAUCGACUUUGAGAUCGCCUUCGUCCUCACGACCCUAGGCUACGUGCUGAACAGCUUGGCUCGCUCAGGCGUCCUACGCGCGCUCUACGCCCCUACCACCCCGACCCCAGAACAGCGCACCGCAGCCGUCCAAACCGCCACGAAAUACCUCCUGCAAGCGAGCGCAGUACACUCCCUGCUCGCGUCUUCGCCCUCGUUUACAGGCGCAGCACGCCAGACGGGCACAGCCACCGCCGUACCAGACCUGGAUCCGGCGGCUCAGGCGGCACUGUCGUCACUCGCGUUGGCCGAAGCAACACUCCUGGCUGUGUUGAAAGACGACUCCUAUGUUGCGGCUUGCAUACAGGCUCGAAACCCAAAUGAUAAGGACUGGAUGGUGCGGGCGCCGGAGAUCCCCAAGGUGCGUGCGCUGCUCUUUGCGCGCCUGUGCGUUCGUGCUGCCGAGUAUGCGGAGCAGGCGGCUGCUGGCAUGGGAGCGGUUGGCGCGCAUGGGAAGACCGGGAUUGACGAAGAUGUGGUCGGCUAUGCGCGGGUUCUAGGCCGUGUUGCGCGGGCUCGGGCUUGUCGGUUUUUCGGCGUUGAUGCGGAGCUUGCAGGGAAGAUAGGGGAGGGGAUUGCCUGGCUGCGAGCAGCGAAGGGCGCGUUGGGUCUGAGAAGUGCAUCUCAGGGAGAGAAAGAAGCUUCAGGCAAGAGCAAAGGGGGCUUUUCUAGAUUGAAGAAGGAAUGGGCUGAGCGACGGGAGGAGCGACGGUUGGAAAAGGAGUCGGGCGGCAAAGACCGCGCCGCGAAGGGUGAGCUCGAUCCCGGCGAUGAUGCAAGCAGGGAAGAAGAGUGCCGUGUGAUUGAAAUGCUAGAGACAAAGUGGGAGAGGAUGAACGACACGAUCAACACACAACUCAUUCCACCUUCGACGGACCUCUUGGCCAACCUGCCGUCCGGUCGCGAUAUCCAUUCACCACCUGGUCCCUAUAAGCUCCCGUCCCUGGACGAGGAACAACUCGUGCGAAUGCGUGCACCACCGGCAGAGGAUGACUACGAGCCCCGUAUGGACAUGGAUGACAGUGACGACGAGUUGACUAGCCCUGCCGGGGUUGCUCCAGGAGCGUUUCCAGAGCGAAGCGAAAGCACUUAUUAUUGA